AUGGUAAUGAAUUGCGGACUGUUGGCAUCAAAAAACACAAAAAACUAUAAUGAGGUCAAAUCGCUCAAUCCUGGUGGCCAAUUCACACCACCUGUACGAAUUCUGAAUUUACAUCAUGACGGCUGUGUGAUACGUAAGCUCCAUCCUACGGGAACGUGUCACCGGUGUCCUCAUUGGUUAAUUUGGUCUCAAGGAAAAUGGUAACUAUUUUCUAAAAAGUACGGACCCAAUACUUAAUAUCGCUAUAGGUCAAAAACUCGCACCAAACACUAUUUUGUGGAUGAUCUCUCGAAGUCGCCGACCAAUGCCAAUAAGCCGCAAUUCCCUAUUCCUUCCUCAUCUUCCGACAAUCGUAGAAAAAAUUCAACUUUUUUCAGGUUGGAUAUUAAAAAAAUUCACUAACCACAAAUGAAUAUCGGCGGCUUUCCUUCAAUAUUGUUGGUUUCCGAUUAGCAGUAAUAUUUACAACCAACUGGUUUUAUUUUGUUCCAUCCACAAAGAUAUAUUUUAAGAGACUGACUCAGUUUUCUACAAAUCUUUUCGAAAGUGCAAUACUUCCCCGCAUUUUUUGUUUUGCUGAUCUUAGGAAUAUGUAUGUAUAUCUAUGCGUGUAUAUUGUAUAAUAAAUGAUAUUUAAGUCA